GCGACAUGAGAAAGUGGGCGGGGCCCCGGCUUCCUGCUCUGACGAACAACGUUGGCGGAAGUGGGUUCGGUGCGGACUGGAGGAGCGGGCGAGUAGAGCGGCUGAGUAGUGGUAUAAUUGGCGGCGGCAGGCGGAACCGGCCGGGCUCGGCCGGCGCUCGACCCUACAGUCCCGGCGGAGCCGCCAUGUCGCUCUUGCAGUCGGCGCUGGAGUUCUUGGCUGGGCCCGGCUCCUUAGGGGCCGCCAGCCGGGACCAAAACGAUUUCGUGGGGCAGGUGGUGGAGAUGGGCGAGAUGAAGCUGCGGAUCAAGAAGGUCAUCGCCGAAGGUGGCUUUGCUUUUGUUUAUGAAGCUCAGGAUCUUGGAAGUGGGAAGGAUUAUGCUUUAAAGAGAUUAUUGUCCAAUGAAGAGGAAAAGAACAAAGCUAUCAUUCAAGAAGUCUGCUUCAUGAAAAAACUAUCUGGACACCCAAACAUUGUCCAGUUCUGUUCUGCUGCCUCCAUUGGAAAAGAAGAAUCGGAUACUGGGCAAGGAGAAUUUCUUCUGCUCACGGAACUUUGUAAAGGGCAGCUGGUGGAAUUUUUAAAGAAAGUGGAAUCUAAAGGCCCCCUCUCAUGUGAUACGGUUUUGAAGAUAUUUUAUCAGACUUGCCGGGCUGUGCAACAUAUGCACAAGCAGAAGCCUCCUGUUAUUCAUAGAGAUUUAAAGAUUGAAAAUAUGCUGAUAAGUAAUCAAGGAACAAUUAAAUUGUGUGAUUUUGGUAGUGCAACAGUUGUGACACAUUACCCUGACUAUAGCUGGUCUGCACAAAGACGGGCAACUGUUGAAGAUGAGGUCACAAGGAACACGACACCAAUGUAUAGAACUCCUGAAAUUAUAGAUUUGUAUUCAAACUUUCCAAUUGAUGAAAAGCAAGAUAUAUGGGCCUUGGGUUGCAUCCUCUACUUGUUGUGCUUUAUGCAACACCCAUUUGAAGAUGGAGCGAAGCUUCGAAUAGUCAAUGGAAAAUACUCCAUCCCACAGAACGACACAAAAUAUACUGUGUUUCAUGAUCUUAUACGUUCUUCUUUGAGGGUGAAUCCAGAAGAGAGACUGUCCAUUACUGAGCUUGUCAAUCAGCUGCAGGAGAUUGCAGCUGCUAGAAAUGUGAAUCCAAAGUCCCCUAUCACAGAGCUUCUUGAACAAAAUGGGGGCUACGGGAAUUAUGCUCAGCCUAAGACAUCUUCAGCAUUGGUGCCACAGAACUCAAAACCUGCUGGUCAGCUUAACAAUAUAUAUAAUGCAGGGCUAAUAGUGGCAGAAUGUGACCAGUCUUCUAGUGGGUUCUUUGAUAUACUUCGAGGUGGGACCGAAAGAUUUUUCACGAAUAUCAAGGAUACAUCUUCAAAAGUUAUUCAGUCUGUAGCCAACAGCCCAAGUUAUGCAAAAGGAGAUUUGGAUCUAUCAUACAUUACAUCCAGAAUUGCUGUGAUGUCAUUUCCAGCAGAAGGUGUUGAGUCUGCUAUAAAAAAUAAUAUAGAAGAUGUGCGGCUGUUCUUGGACUCAAAACAUCCUGGACGCUAUGCUGUCUACAAUCUGUCUCCAAGAUCAUAUCGGCCCUCCAGAUUUCACAAUAGGGUAUCUGAAUGUGGUUGGCCGGCUAGGCGUACGCCAAACCUUCAAAACCUUUACAGCAUCUGUAAGAACAUGCAUUUGUGGCUGAAGCAAGAUCCAAAGAAUGUUUGCAUUGUGCAUUGCCUUGACGGAAGAGCAGCAUCGGCAGUCGUUGUCUGUUCUUUCCUGUGUUUCUGUCGCCUCUUCACCACAGCUGAAGCUGCCGUUUAUAUGUUUAGUAUGAAACGUUGUCCUCCCGGCAUUUGGCCAUCACAUAAGAGAUAUAUUGAAUAUAUGUGUGACAUGAUGGCAGAUGAGCCCAUUAUUCCUCACAGCAAGCCAAUCCUCAUAAAGUCAAUCAUCAUGACUCCAGUUCCUCUCUUCAGCAAGCAGCGUAACGGCUGCAGGCCUUUCUGUGAAGUUUAUGUUGGAGAUGAAAGAAUAACCACUACCUCACAAGAAUAUGAUAAAAUGAAGGAUUUCAAAAUGGAAGAUGGGAAAGCGGUCAUCCCAUUAAGCAUCACCGUUCAAGGAGAUGUCCUCAUUGUGAUAUAUCAUGCCAGGUCCACUUUAGGUGGCAGACUCCAAGCCAAGAUGGCAUCAAUGAAGAUGUUCCAGAUCCAGUUUCAUACAGGAUUUGUACCUCGCAAUGCGACUACUGUGAAAUUUGCAAAGUAUGAUCUGGAUGCCUGCGAUAUUCAGGAGAAGUAUCCUGACUUGUUUCAAGUGAAUCUAGAAGUAGAAGUAGAGCCACGAAAUAAGCCCAUCAUGGAACGAGCUCCCUGGGAUAACUUGAACAUUAAAGGUCUAAAUCCCAAGAUCCUUUUUUCCAGCCGCGAAGAACAGCAAGAGAUUUUAUCGAAAUUUGGUAAGCCUGAACUGCCUAGGCAGCCGGGAUCAACUGCCCAAUACGAGGCAGAGGCAUCAACAUCAGAAGCCUCUUCUGAAGGCCCACCUGUCGAGCCAGACUCUCCAGAGAGCAGCUGUGCUGAGGCAAACUUCUUUCAUACACUAGACUGGCAAGGUAAAGAAGGAAAACAAUCUGAAACUGCUCCUGAAGGUCCCUUUUCUCAAGAGAGUCUUGGGUGCGUUGAGGAAAAGGAGAAUGAACCUUCCGACGAGGAAUUCUCGACCUUCCCCGACGAUGUUAGACCUUCUGAGGAUAGGGAGAUGCACCUCCUGGAACAGAAAGAUGGCAAGCAUUUUUUUGAAGCUGGCUUUGAUAUACCAGCUGAUCAGUCAGAAGAGACUCCUGAAGAAGGUAGCAUUGACUUGCUUGGGCUUGAUUCAGAGGCUGCUCCUGAACUGCUCCAGCCUCCGACAGAGAUGAAGAGUUCUUCCAGCAACGCAGACUUGCUGAAUGGACUCUUUGUUAGUAGCACUCCAGAAAUUUCAGAAGAUUCAACUGCAGACCUCCUGGGUGGAGGAGCAGACUUUUUUUUUGGUGGCCAGCCCCAGGCCUCAGCAAAUUCCCAGGGCAACAGUUCCUCAACAGCAGCCCCUUCUUCUUCUACAGCUGACCAGUUUGACCCAUUCACAGUCAAUGCAGACAGUCCAACUCUUACCGGUCCUGAUCUCUUUGGUGAUUUUCUUAGUUCAAAUGCACCAGCUGCACCUGCUAUGUUUCCUUCCACACACAGUGCACCGCCUCCUUCCUCUAGCACAGACUUCCUUAACUUGGGCAAUUUGGCCCCAGAGCCACCUAAAAUAACUUCCUCAGCAAGCCAGCCAGACCUUUUAGGGGGUUGGGAUUCUUGGACUGAUACCACUGUCCCAACAGCACCCAAGAAAUCAACUUUGGAAGGCCCAGCUUUCACAACAGGAGGGCCAGCAAGUGGCUCCUUGGGUCAUUCCUCCAGUCAAGCAAAAUCGCAGAAUUCGGACCCUUUUGCUGACCUGGCAAACUUGAGAAGUGGCCUUCCAGGAACAUCUAGUGGAGGAUUCCCAGCUGGCAGUUUUGCUUCCAAGUCAACUCAAAAAUCAGCGGGGGCUCAGUGGCAAACAAGCAAGCCACAAACCACCAGCACUUCAUGGCAACCUUCACCCCAGCCCAAACCUCCGGAACAAGCCAAGUUGGGCACACAACCCAAACCCAACUACACUGUGAAUUUUAGUGUAAUUGGAGGACGGGAGGAGAGAGGUAUUAGAAUUCCUGGCUUUGGACACAAACCCAAAGUUUCAGAAAAUGAUUUUGAAGACCUUUUGUCAAAUCAAGGCUUUUCAGCAAAGUCUGACAGAAAGGGACCCAAAACAAUUGCUGAAAUGAGAAAGCAAGAACUAUCUAAAGAUAUGGAUCCUCUAAAAUUAAAGCUUCUAGACUGGAUUGACGGAAAAGAGAGGAAUAUAAGAGCUUUACUAUCUACUCUUCAUACUGUGCUUUGGGAAGGUGAAACCAAAUGGAAGCCAGUUGGGAUGGCAGACCUGGUUACCCCUGACCAGGUGAAAAAGUACUAUAGAAAAGCAGCGCUUGUCGUUCAUCCAGAUAAGGCUACGGGGCAGCCUUAUGAGCACUAUGCCAAAAUGAUCUUCAUGGAGCUGAACGAUGCGUGGUCAGAAUUUGAAAACCAAGGCUCAAAAUCCCUUUUUUAAGAAACUCUCUCUUGCAAGGGAGUUGACUUCAAAAUGCACUGGCAGCAAAACUGAAUCUCAAGUGCUGCAGCGUAACCUCCUGAGUUGGGGGGGGGGGGCAAAACAACUUUCCCUGGUCUUGCACAAUUUUAAACUGUACACACUGCAACCCAGUGUGUAUUGUAGGCGAUAAAAUGUGAAACUUCGCAAAGAUGGCAUUCCCAUCAGUGCUGGGAAGUUUGUGUUGUGGAAGUGGCAAGUUUCAGGCUAUGUUACAGAAGGUUGAAUGCACCAGUAAUUCUAAUAAUGGCUGCUGGCGUGAGCAAAAUUUUGCUAGUGGGAACAUCAACUGUUUUGCAUCUUGAUUUUUUUUUAACUUUUCCAUUUGAAAAACACAAAACCUCAAAUUGCAUUUCUGUUUUAUUUCCCAUGUAGUCUUUGUGACACCCCCCCCUUUUGUUCCUUGUUUGCCUUAUUUAAGUGCUUUUGUUACCCUGUAGUCUGUGAGUUCACUCAACAUCAUUUUUUCUCAUUUCUGUUAGAGGUGUACAUUUUUCUUCUGUAUUUUAUGUAAUCCUUCCAAUGAUCAUUCUGUAAAUAAUUAAAAUAGUUUUCUGACAACACCUGUGUUCCUUACACUGCAUCACCAAUUGCUUAGCCAAAAGCUCUUCCAAUUGAAGAAAGAAGUUGGCUUGGGUAAAUCUUGGGUUUGUACUACUUCUUUUUUUAAAAAAAAACCUUGUAAACUGUAAACAAAGAAGCAGAACUCAAGGGCUGUGUGGUCUUGCCUUAUUUAAUACAACAUUCAUGGAGGCAAGACAGUUUAGGAUAAGGUGUUCAACCAGAAAGAUAGUGCUUGUAAGGUCUCCCUCUUGCUUGCACUAGAUGAUCGACACGCAACUUGCAGGCAGGUUGACACAUGCACAGAUGGAAGCAGAAGUUCAGUCGGUUACAGUUUUGGUUUGCAUUUGAUUAAAUUGCAUAAAUGUUGCAUCUUUAAUGGCCAUUUUGAAGGAGUAUGCAUACUUUGGCUAGCCGCUGCUGACUUUUGUUCAUUAUUUCUAAAGUUUGCAGAGUCUGGAGGUUUGCACGUAUGGAUAUAUACGAUCUUCUAGUAAUAUGUACAAUUGGAUGGAUGGAUGAUGGAUGGAUGGAUGGAUAGAUAGAUAGAUAGAUAGAUAGAUAGAUAGAUAGAUAGAUAGAUAAUAUUUUAAAGACAACCCCCUAUUUGAUGUGCCCUUUAGAACACUUAGUUCUAAAACUGGAGGAAAAAAAUCACUUUGGGGUGUAACUUCUUAACUGAAUACUGUAAUAUAGUUCGAUGUAUCAGAUUAGCAGCAUGCUCAAUCAAGAUUUGGUCUCCGAGCUGCAUUAGUAGCUCCCAAUAGAGAGUCUAGUUUGCCAUUCAGAUUUAUUCACUGUUUUAUGGUGUUAUGGUUUGUUUUGUCUGGUUGGAUGACCGCUGAGCUGAAGCUUGGCAUAAUCAACUGAAGGGCUGCUUUAUUUGUGAGCGACUCCUGAACAAAUUUAAUUCAAAGUGCUAUGUCUUUUUCCCAGCCUUAGAGAACCAACUGGUAUUGGGGGGGGGGGGGGAGAGAAGGACAGAAGUGUGUAGAUGAGAGGUUCUAUUUAAAAAAAAAAUACCUCCAAGUUGGUGUUAACUUGAGAAAGAUGUACAAAGUCAAAGCAAGAAAGUGUGGAAAAGUUUUGAAAUUCUCACAGCUACUUGAAACCCCUUUCUCCCCCUGAAGAAAAUACAGUUGGCUUGCUAAAAUGGGCUUUUAAAGAUGAUCAUAUUAGGCUGAAGACCCUAACAUAUAAGGCAGGGGCAGGGGAAAUAUGGCUCUUUCUAUGUUGUUGGAUUAUAGUUUUGAAACAUCUUGCCCCAUUGGCUUUGUUAGCUAAGGCUGGUGAAAGUUGUAGUUUAGCAACAUUUAGAGCCUCCAACCCAUUGGGAAGUUUCUGUAAAUCUGUAAAAAUUAAGAUAAAGUGCAGAAUUAGAGUACAACAAAGCCCUCUUGUAAAUUCUUGUACUUCUCUAAAUAGAGCUGCUUGCAACUUAAUCUUUAAUAACAGGAAACACUUGGUGCAGCCAUUUUUAAAGAAAGGCAGAUAGUUUAGUUGUUGGGUUUUUUUUGUCUCCAAAGAGUUUCUUCACUGCUUUACUGAGAAUAUUCCAAUUUGAGAGAAAUGUAUAAUAGUGUAUAAUAGAUCAACAUUACAGUUACCCUGGUUUGGUGUUCCAAAAACCCCAGCUUGAUUUCUUGGGAGAAAAAUGGUUGAAAGGAGGUAAUGCAAUUCCUCUAAGUAAUUGCUAGAUUAUAGAGAACAAGCUGUCUCUUAUUCUUGGAAUCUCUCUUGCUGUUAAUUGUGUACAGUCUUGGCCAUUCCUAAAACACAAAGAUGGGUCUAGUGGGAGUCGAGAACACCUGCCCGCCCCUUAAUUGCUAGUCUGGGUCUCUACUAGAAUUAAUCUAGAAAAGGACCUGAAGCCCUGUGAUCUCUGCUGUAUACUGGUGACACAUUUUAUACAGUCAGCCCUGCAAAUUAAUCUGCUGGCUAAUGUACUCAUAGUAUCCAGGAUUUUUUGAUCAAACCUCAUUGGAUAUUUAGUCAUAACCACAGAGUUUUGCACUAGAUUCAGAGGGCUUUCAUCCUUUUUGAAGCCUUUCAUAAGAAACCUAUGUGGGAUGUUUUGCUGCUGUUUUGCCCUCCCUUGUUGAAAGAAACUUUAGUUUCUAUCUGUGUGUGAAUGGCUUGCCAGUUAAAAUACACAUCUAUGCCCAGGUCAUUCCCUACCGUAAAAUAUAGUAAAACCAUAUCCUCCUGGGAAUUCUAUUUAUGGAUAGAUGCCAGUGACAUAGGAGGGAAAUCUAUAUGGAUGUAGGCAGUGCUUUUUUUAUAAUAAUAAUUAAAAAAAGGUGCCGGAACUCACACACAUCAUACAACCUGCCUUGCCUACUCUACAAGGUUCCAUUCAAAAAAGGAUGCCAGAACUCUGUUCUGGGCGUUCUAUGACAAAAAAAAGCCCUGGAUGUAGGUAUAUCCAGGGAAGGGACCCAAUUUAAGGUCUCAGGACUGUAUUGGAAAGAAUGGAAGGACAUUCUACUUUCUUUCUCCCCCUCUGAAAUUCAGUCAGGAGUAACUAACUAAAAUUUUAAAAAAGCUAUUGAGUGACACUUAGCUCUAAGCCACGUUGAACUUAGGUAUGACCCAUUCAGUGGAACUUCCAAUAUGUUUUAGAUGUGCCAUUAAGAGUGAGAACUGCAAACCUCUCAGCAUAAUCCACUCCAGUUAAAACUUUAGCUUUCACGACUCUUCCAGGAACUUUUUGGGUUGCAGUGACCUCUUUAAUAUAUAUAUAUAUAUUCAUUCUGACUACAAAGUGGUAAAAUGGUUUGUCUAUAGACAGGUUCUACUGCAUAUCUUUCAAGAGGGCAAGUAUUCAAGCUGUACGAAGAGAGUACAGAUCACAUAACUUAACUGUUCUAAGUUGCCUUGCAAAUUAGUCCUUUAAAUGUAAAUUAGGCUGCUGUGAUCUGCAGAGAGAGAGAUCACAUUACGGAUAUUUGAAAUAACCAUUUGCUGUAGCUCUGUCAGUAUGGGUGGUACUUUAUCAUAAAACAUAAGAAAAAAAAGCCAUGGCUUUGCCUAGAAUAAUUUGCAGUCUACCUUUCAAGAAAGGUAUCUGAGUUAAUAGUUGGGAUAGAAACCUUGCAUAGAUGAAGUGUAAGCCAGUUUUAAUUUGGAUGGUAGUGGUGCUUUCUUUGAUUAUCUUUUCCCUCUCUGGUGAAUUAUAACGUCGUAUUAAAGCAGUAGGUGCCUGGAAACAAAAGCUUGGUGAUUUUUUAAAAAAAUUAUAUUCCAAGCAACUUCAACCUGCACUCAUUUCUUUUUUGAGGUACUUAUGCUGAAGUUCAGAAAAAUGCAACUUUGAAUCAGUGUUAAACCAACAGCAUUGAGAAAGACUUAAUAGUCUGGGAACCGGGGGUAACAUUUCACAACUACAUGUAUGUAUGUAUGUGUGUGUGUGUAUAUAUAUAUGUAUGUAUGUAUGCAUGCAUGCAUACAUACAUACAUACAUACAUACAUACAUACAUACAUACAUACCUAUUAUACUGUAAGAGGGAUGAAAGUACAUCUGUGUCAAACAAGCUCCAUGAUCAAUGUCUAGCUUUGUGAACUGGAUAAUCAGCAUCAUCUUUGGAGCUGGUGCAGAUAUAAAUUUUUAGGUGAGUUAAGAUUUUUUUUUUCUUGCUGCUUGCUGUUUGAAUCCAAUUUUGUUUCUUUGAUGCAAUUUUAAAUGCAGCUACUAUACUAUGGUUACCUCCUCUGAUUUAUACGGGAUAUAUACAUGCUGUGGAUAUUUUAAGGGCAACAUAAGAAAUCUAUCUUACACCAACUCAAUUUUGGUAGCCCAUUUCACCUGUUACUCUCGGUGGCAGCAGUUUGGGGAAUUUUCAGUCUUUCUGAUUUCCCACCACUUGGGUGUUCCCUUCUUAACUGGAGACUGAGCUUAGGAACAUAGGAAGCUGUUCAUGUGUAUCUUUUGUUCAAAAAUCAACUUUGUGGGAUUUCAGUUUGUCCUCAACUGUUCCAAGGGAUUGCGAGACCUGUACCUGGGACUUUUUACAGAGUACGUAUGUGCUCUUCCACUGAGCCACUGGUUUGUAUCUGAUAUUAUUAUGCUGUAGCAGGGAAAACUGUUCCAAUUCGAGAGGAGGUUUAGCGGAACCUUGGCUGUAAAACAUGCCGAGCUCUCACUCAGUUGGAAUUUUAGCAUUUUGGCUGAAGGGUUCCAGCUGGAAUGUCAAAGCUGUUCUUUCAUUCAAGUUAAUGGAUAAGUCCGUAGGCCUAUCUUUCUUAGGUUGUUUUCUACCCCUCUAGCUUCCAUUGAAAUCAGUAGAAAGCGUGCUAUCCCCCAAAGAGGAUUUAAGAAAAAUAAUACCGGUUGGCUGGUUCUGCUAACCGCUUUAGAAAUUCCAUUCUUUUUCUUUCCCCCCCCCCUAUUUUUUUAAGAAGACACUUCAGUGUUGUGAAAGGCAGCAGUACACAGCACAUUAUUUGACAGAUUUAUUGCAGCAAUUCUAUAACAGUCUUUCUCACACAAUAAUAGUAGUAUUUUCUUUUUAUGGCAUAGAGAUGCUUUUGUAGACUCACGUAACCGUGGAAGCAUUGCUAGGAAUACUCUGUGAGAAUAUGAAUUCCUUUAAAUCAGUGGUGCUUGAUUUUUUUUUCACGCCCUCAGUCAGUGAUUUAUUACAUUCUCCUUUAGCCAAUUAUAUUUUAGGUACAACUGCCAUAAAUAAGUUGCUCAAUUAGCAAUCAAAAUAACAUUUUCCUUUUAUUUUUCUAUAUUACAAUUUGCAAAUAAUUCUUCUCAAGUAGAGUUUCACAACCUUGGCGACUUUAUGAUAGGUGAAUGGGGAAUUCUGGGAGCUGAAGUCCACCCAUCUUAAAGUUAUCAAGAUUAAGAAACAUUGCUCUAGAGUCUAGAAUGUAAUCCUCCAUUCCGGAUUUAAGCAUGACUCAAAAAUUUAACUGAAAACUUUUGAGCAAUGAGAUUUUUAAAAAGCGGCCUGGGGGAGGGGGGGAAUCAAGCCUACAGCAAUAAAAAUUAGGUCUGGCAGCCUCACUUGGGAAGCAACGGAAAAUUUGAUUUCUGCAUCUUCUCGUGAACCUUGGAUGGCUUUUGCAUCUGAAACCUCAGAAUAAAAUGUUAAAAUUAUUGAUGGAACUGUUUUAAUGAAGGAUGCAUUUCCGUUUUUUAAAAUUUUAAAAAAGAACUUAGAGGUGUUGUGAAUAUUACUUUUUUUUCUAUUCUUUUGGUGAAUGUACUGCAUAUUAUGGAACUGAAGAACAGUGAAGGAAGAUCCUGCUUAUUCCAUGAUUUAAAGAACUCCACAUUUUUGUGUCUUAAAUUGUCUGUUUUGCUGUUCAUAUGCAUGGGGGUUUGGAUGGCGUUAGAGUUUGGAUAAAGAGGUGGAGAGAGGGGGAAAUAAGAGAUUUUUGUUUGUUUAUUUUCAUUGUGGUCCAAGUACUUUUGGUAAUAGUUCAAAUGAAAAAAAUGUAUAAAUGUGUACGUACAGAAAUCGAGUAUUGUUUUAAGGUCGUACCUUGUAAAACAAUUGUGGAUAAUCUAUGUGAAUGUUUUGCUCAUAAUGUACUGAAUCAGUCUUUUGCUUUGAAAUGGCCAUGUUUCAGUCAUUUAAAAAAAAAAUCAAAUACAGUUUUUCGUUUUCAUAGU